UGAUGAUAAUGACGAAGAAGCUGGCUUUGAACCAUCGAGUUCUGACGGUGCGGAAAUGGACUUGGCUACAGGCACAUCUUGUUUCAAGAACAGACAAGAAAGGACAAGCUUAAAGGAUGACGAUGGGAGUGUUUCUAGAAAUGAGCCAUCCAGUUGUGCUGAAAACAACUCCUCUUCAAGCUCUCCUGGUUCCAAAAUGAGCACCAAUAGCCAAAGUACAGAGAUAAAGAAUGAACUGAUUCUAAAAAUGAGCCAUCCAGUAUUGGUGAAAACGUCUCCUUCAAGCAUUCCUGGUUCCAAAAUCAGCAUCAAAGGCCAAAGCGUCAGAGAUAAUGAUGAUGAUGACGAAGAAGCUGGCAUUGAACCUUCCAGUUCUAACUGCAGAAAUGGACUCAGCUACAAGCACAUCUUGUUUCAAAAACAGACAAGAAAGGGCAAGCUUAAGGAUAAGGCUGGUAAUGAAGGUUAUGGUGACGAAGAAGCUUGCUCUGAACCUUUAAGUUCUAACGCACUGUUAGAAAAAAGGACACAUCUUCACGCACAUCUGGUUACAAGUACAGAGAAGAAAGGGCAUGUAAGGGGUAAUGAAGGUGGUGGUGACGAAGAAGCUUGCUCUGAACCUGUAAGUUCCAACGCACUGUUAGAAAAGGACACAUCUUCACGCACAUCUGGUGUCAAGUACAGAGAAGAAAGGGCGAGCGUAAGGGGUAAUGAAGGUGGUGGUGACGAAGAAGCUUGCUCUGAACCUUUAAGUUCCAAUGCACUGUUAGAAAAGGACAAAUCUUCACGCACAUCUGGUUACAAGUACAGAGAAGAAAGGGCGAGCGUAAGGGACCCUGAAUCUUCUGACACAGACCAUGAUGUGCCAGUAAGACAACCACAUGCAAAACCUGGGCCGUCCACAACUGUAACCAUGUCGGGUCAUCCCAACAGGCUUCAGAAACUCGGUGAAGACCAGAGUCAUCUUUUGAAGACGCUGUUCAAAACGAAUAUUGUGUUGAGGAAGGAGCUUAAGCGUGAAGACUGUGAAAGAGUAAUGCAAAAAUAUGAAAUUCUACACGGAUUGUCAUGGAAAAAAAUUAAAAAACACGAUUCAUAACUGGAUUACUGCUGAAAAGUGAAAACAAAAAUGAUUUUAUAGCUUUUUAGCCCACCUGCGCACAAUGUUCUCAUGGUGAGCUUUUGUGAUCGCUUUUUGCCCGUUGUCCAUCUUGCGGCAUCAACAUUUGCCUUGUUAAUAUUCUAGAGGUCACAUUAAUUGUCCGAUCUUCAUGAAAUUUUAUUUGACGAUUUGUCCCAAUGAUAUCUUGGAAAAGAUUACAAAUGGUUUCGGUUGGUUGAAAAACAAUAAUUUACACGCCAUAUACUCCAUACUUAAAUCAAUAUUGUUAUAUGCAAAGCAGCAAUGCUUAAAAGAAAUAAUACAAAAUUUGGAGGGGGCAUUACUCGUAUGAAAACAAGAUGGUGGUAUUUGUUAUAAACACGUGUAAAACAGUUGGAUUUUUCUGGCCAAAGACAACUAUUCAUACGACCAACUUCUUAAUUUUUGCAUAGCUCGUCAUAUUGAUUUCCAUUCAGAUUUACUUCAGAAAAAAUCUAUUUCAUAUCUCUGAUGCCAGAGCUAUACAUAUGUUUAUAAGAAGAGUAAAUCUGAGAUCCGUUUUCAUUUAUGAUAUUUGAAAUGGCAUGUUUAGACGAAGAUUCUCUACAAUUUUCUACAUAAAUAUAUAUAUAUAUUUUUUGUAAAAAUGGUUUCGGUUGGUUGAAAAACAGUAAUUUACACGCCAUAUACUCCAUACUUAAAUCAAUAUUGUUAUAUGCAAAGCAGCAAUGCUUAAAAGAAAUAAUACAAAAUUGGGAGGGGGGGGCAUUACUCGUAUGAAAACAAGAUGGUGGUAUUUGUUAUAAACACGUGUAAAACAGUUGGAUUUUUUCUGGCUGAAGAUAACUAUUCAUACGACCAAAUUCUUAAUUUUUGCAAAGCUCGUCAAAUUGAUUUCCAUUGUAGAAUUUACUUCAGUUCGGAGUUGCGAACCGAAUUGACCAUGUUUUUGUUAGCAAGUAACACUGUACAACAAGGUCUAUUUUUUCUCCACUCUCAAUAAACAUGUUUUACUUACUCUGCAAUAGUUUAUGAGUUACUAAAUUCCUUUGAAACAUUGGACCAUUUUCUUUAUUAACAGAUCAUACUUGCACAAUUGUUGUUAUGUUUUCUUUAUGGUUAAGGCAUUGUGACAUGUAUAUUAAUUUGAUUUUUAUGCCCCCCGAUAGAGGGCAUAUAGUGAUCGGACCGUCCGUCUGUCUGUCUGUCUUUCCGUCACACUUUGCGUUUAGGUUUCGCAUUUAGGUUUAAAAAAAUGCUCAUAACUUCUAUGUCCCUUCAGAUAGCAACUUGAUAUUUGGCAUGCAUGUGUAUCUCGUGGAGCUGCACAUUUUGAGUGGUAAAAGGUCAAGGUCAUCCUUCAAUGUCAAUGGUCAAAUAUAUCACUUCAAAGCGGCGCAGAAGGGGCAUUGUGUUUACGACAAACACAUCUCUUGUUUUCAGAUGAUAUUGUCUGAACUUGACAUUAGUUCUAUGUGUGAUGAUUAAAGCAUUGUGUCAUGUAUGAAGAUAUUUUGCUUAAAUGUUUUCAUGUUGUGGUAUUCACUCUUCU